UGAGAACGAAACAAGCAUGAUGAUUCUCAAAGGGGACAGUCACAUUCACACCUGACCCUGUUCCUCCCUAGACUGCUGUUAUACCACAAAACAAUAGAGCAAAAAUAGAGCCUUGGUUUCACGCUACUUUUCUUUUUCUUUCUGCGAGCAGGCGCCCAACAGGCAGGUGAUGCAUUACUGGCUGCAGCAGUUACAGCAGAAACGAUGGGAUUUUUGCAAAAUGUCUGGCCACAGAGACAGCUGGUGCUCCCCCACCCCGUUUUUUCCACAUACAGGCCUGGUGGCCAAAGAUGCAGAAGCAGUGCUCUAUGAGAAGCCCAACGAGAGCAUGGAAAGUGUUCGGAGUGACUUUGCUGUGGAGAUGGACAGUGAUGGGCUGGUCGGGCUCCAGUCGGCGCGUAACCCUGUGGCACAACCCAAUGCAGCUCUCAACUCCCUCCGACACUGGGGCUCUGAGAUCAGAAAUAGCAUGUCUCAUCUGCGGGCCAGCCGAGGAGGAGAAAACAGACGCAGUGUGUUUUACACAGCCAACAGUGAGGACUGGGAGAUGGUGGAUCCUCCAAACAAAGACACACCAGAGCACAAAUCUCCACCUGACAGCCAGCGCCGGGAAAGCCCAACUCACGUUCAACGAUACUCCAUUGGCUCAGCAUUCCCGUUUGACUUCCGCAACCCCUCGAGAAUGAAACGGCCCUUUCACAUGGGCUCUGGGAAACCCAACCGCAGUGCAGAGAGCUCGCCGGUUGAAUGUAACGGGACCAAGACCUCCGAACUGCAGCUCCGCAUUCAGAGCCAGCAGGAGGAGAUCAGUCACCUGCAGGAGCAAGAGAACCAGCUCAGAGAAGAGCUCGCCAGUCAGAAGGAGUUGGUUCAUCUUCUCCAACAAACACUACGUAUCUCCCAAUGUGAUUGGCGUUCCACAGUGUCUCCUGGGAACAUGGGGCCUGACAGUCAUGACCAAGCUGAGAGUGAGGUGGACAAAGCCCUGGCAGAGCGGGACACCCAGAUCAAAGACCUUUGUGGACACAUGGAGAAGCUAGCUUUGGAGAAGGAGAGUCUUCAACAGGAGUUGAAGAGUUUGAAGAUCAAAGUUGGGGACAUAAAUGAACAGCUGGGCAUGCUCAUGGAGACCAUUCAGGCCAAGGAUGAAGUCAUCAUGAAACUUUCCCAACAGAGUAGUAAUGAAGAAACCCAGUCGGCUGAAUGCAACUUGCCUAGUGCAACUAGGGAACAACAAGAGUUGGACAUCCUGAAGGACAGCCUUCAGGGCUACAAAUCCCAAAAUAACUUCUUAAACAAAGAAAUUCUGGAGUUGACGGUCUUGAGAAGAAAUGCUGAAUCCAGAGAAAAAGCGCUAGAGGCAAAGUGCACCAGUUUGGAGGCCAAGCUGUGUCAGGUGGAGAGUAAGUACCUGGUUCUACUACAGGAAGUGAAGACUCCCGUUUGCUCCUCCUCAGAGCAGACCCAUAGCGGAGAGGUCAUCACCCGCUUACUAGAAGAUGCACUACAGGUGGAGAGCGCAGACCAACAGGAGCACCCUAUUCUCAAACCCAACGCUGUCAGUGAGUAUGACAUUUAUGGCUUCAAAACUGUCCCGGAGGAGGAGGAUGAGGAGGAAAAACUUGAAGCCAAAAAGAGAGCGCUAGACCUGAAGUCCCUCUCCCUGACAGACCAGGAGACCUCAGUCAGGGUGAAGUGGGACAACUACCUGGCCAUCACCAUGAACAGAGAGAUGGUUCGAUCUCCAGAGCUUAAGGCACUGAUGCGAAGUGGGGUUCCCCAUAAACAACGUUCCAAGGUGUGGAGCUGGUGCGUGAACUUCCAUGUGAAGAAGAUUUGUGAGGGCCUGCCAAAAGACUAUUAUCAGAACCUUCUGUCCAUGGUGAACGAAAAACCAAACCCAGCCUGCAAGCAGAUAGAGCUUGAUCUUCUGCGGACGCUCCCUAACAACAAGCACUAUGCCUCUCCUGACUCGGAUGGCAUCCAGAAACUCAGGAAUGUGCUGCUGGCUUUCUCCUGGAGGAAUCCAGAUAUCGGCUACUGCCAAGGCCUCAACAGGCUGGCAGCUAUUGCUCUUCUGUAUUUGGACCAAGAAGAUGCUUUCUGGUGUCUUGUGGCCAUUGUUGAGGUUUUCAUGCCACGUGACUAUUACACUAAAACAUUGCUAGGUUCACAGGUAGAUCAGCGUGUGUUGAAGGACCUGAUGUUUGAGAAGUUACCCAGGCUUCAUGCUCAUUUUGAGCAUUAUAAGGUGGACACCUCUCUCAUCACCUUCAACUGGUUCCUGGUUGUGUUUGUGGACAGCGUUGUCAGUGACAUCCUCUUCAAGAUCUGGGACGCUUUUCUCUAUGAGGGACCCAAGAUAAUUUUCAGAUUUGCUCUUGCACUCUUCAAAUACAAAGAAGAGGAAUUUCUAAAGCUCCAGGAUCCCAUGACCAUUUUCAAGUACCUUCGGUACUUCACACAUACAAUCUUGGAUGCAAGGAAGUUGAUGAGCAUGGCCUUUGUGGACAUGAACCCAUUCCCACUGAGGCAGAUCCAGAACCGUCGCACGUUCCACUUGGAGAAGGUCCGCCUGGAGCUCACCGAGCUGGAAGCCAUCCGUCAGACCUUCCUGCGGGAGAGAGACACCACCCUGGAGGGCCGCACACUCAUCAGUGACGACGAGGAGGACAGCUGAACCACAGCGAUAAGGGACCAGACCUGCAAAGAUGAUUAGCCAAUCACAUUGUGUCUUAUACUUUUCAAUGUAUUUCACUUAACAAACUGUGAAUUUGAGAGACCAAAGACCAGUAUUCCUUUUGAUUAAUCAAAAUAGACAUCUUUUUCAUUGUCUUGUCCAGUAUUUCAUCCAUUUUUACAUUGACCAAAAUCAGUAUUAAAGUAACUAAAGUACUUUGCAUUUAGGUAGUAAUGAUUGGUGUGGAUUGGACAAGUGUCAAAAUUCUGAUACACUUACAUUAUGCUGGACAUAUUGGGAUGUACAAUCCUGGACACCAACACUUUUUUCUUUCAGCCGCACUUAUUAAAACUUCAUUUGUUUACUUACUCUUAGUAAUCAUAUCAGUACUUGUAUUUUAUUGUAAGAAUCAAAUUCAAGUUUACAAGGCCUGCCCUCUUUCUAAACAUUCGGUACUUUUAUUAAGUGGAACAUUUAAAUUCAGGUGUUUCCUUUGUUUCUGAGCUUUUCUCUUCUAUUUUAAAUAUGAUACCGUGUAAAAUCCACAGUGAUACCUGAAGCUGCUCAAAAUGAAAAUAAUAAUGUGGAAACUGAGGGUUUUUUUUUUUUUGUCAAGGGUUCCAAGAAAGUGUUAAUGUUGUAUGUUGUUGCUGAAAUUCACAGACAAUUGAAAAUGGAAUAACAACCCAUAAGGGCCUGUGUAAUGAGGGAAUGGAUAUCUGAAUUACUAGCACUUUUCGUAACUUUCAAUGUAAAAUGUUGCUUCUGUCAUUUCAAAGUCAUGUAUUACACACUGAUAUGUAUGCUUGGAAAAGGUGUACUUCCUUUUAAAUAUCAGUGCAAUUACAUCUACUUUUCAUUUAGCGCAGUUAAUAGAUCUUUUACUCCAUUUCAGCAUAAUAUUAGAUGCACAUAUUAAACAUUUUAUCACCUAGUAUGACUGCAAAUGUCAAGACGAACAAAAAUGUAAAACUGAUAGUCUAUGGUUUUACUGUGAGAGCGGGUCUCUCACAAUGACCAUGUUUUUGCAUGUAAAUUUGGUCACCCAUACUGCCCUUAAAAAAGAAACGUGUUAUUCGUUUUGAAAUAUGUAAUUUUAAGUCAAACUAAGCCCAUAUUUACAUAUGUUUUCUCUGUUUUUACAUAUUGCAGUCUCAGACUUGUUAGGACAUUGGUUGUUUCAGAUUAUCUUUAGUAUUUCUAUGUUAUUUAGCUGUCAAGUAUGUUAUGGGAGCUAUAGUAGUUGUCUUGUGUCUUCAGUGAGUAAACUGAUUUCAAACCGUCUUUGAUGCUGUUGUUCGAUGAUCCAAUGCGUUGCACAGGUCUUUAUGUGUAUACAAAAUUAUUGAAUUCUUUGUCGUGUUUCUGAAACUUGUCUGUUGACAUUAUAAUCCUCCAAAUUUGAUGUUUUUUUUUUACACUUCUGCAUGAUCAUCCAAUA